GUUGCCUUGACUCUGUGCAGACUCUGAUCUCUCAGGCUUUGUGAGAACGAGGCUCUGACACACUUUACAUUUUGAAACCAUGGACGAGAACUUGGUGAUCCCAGUGGUGGCGGCUUUUUCCGUGGUGGUAGUGACGGUGCUGUACUUUGUCCUGCGAGGUUCUGCAGGAGGGAAGAAGCUACCUGUCACUCUGCAGGACCCUGUGGUCAAAUAUUCACUUCCACUUAUAAACAAACAGGAAAUCAGUCAUGACACAAAGAAAUUUCGGUUUGGCCUUCCAUCUGGAGCUCAUAUCCUUGGACUACCAAUUGGUCAGCAUGUGUACCUGUCAGCCAAGGUGAACGGCAGUCUGGUGGUCAGAGCUUACACCCCAGUCUCCAGUGAUGAGGACCAGGGAUAUGUUGACCUAGUGGUGAAGGUGUACUACAAGAACUGUCAUCCCUCCUUCCCAGAGGGAGGGAAGAUGUCCCAGCACCUGGACAACAUGGCGAUCGGAGAUGCCAUUGACUUCAGAGGACCCAGCGGACUGCUGGUGUAUAAGGGAAAUGGUCAGUUUUCCAUCCGACCGGACAAGAAGUCAGAGCCCAAGGUUCGGAAGUGUAAACACGUUGGAAUGAUCGCAGGAGGAACAGGUAUCACUCCCAUGCUGCAGUUAAUUCGCAGGAUCACAGCAGAUCCCAAUGACAACACCCGGUGCUCGCUCAUAUUUGCCAACCAGACUGAGAAGGAUAUCCUGCUGAGGGAGGAGCUGGAGGAGGUGAAGAAGAAUCAUCCCGACAAAGUCAAGCUCUGGUUUACGCUUGACAAACCUCCACAGGACUGGAGCUACAGUUCAGGAUUUGUGACCUACGACAUGAUCAAAGACCACCUCCCUGCUCCGUCCACCGAUGUCCUUAUUGUCCUGUGUGGUCCUCCACCAAUGAUACAGAAUGCCUGUCUGCCAAAUCUAGACAAGCUGGGGCACAAAACAGAAAACAUCUUUUCUUACUAGGGUUCUGGUUACCUACAGAGCUGCUUUGUUUCCUGUAAUCAUUCAGUCAUAAAUCACUGUAUGAACAUGCUGAUGGUCUAAUACUAUCCAAAACGGGUUUACUAUGUAUGCCUGAUGCUGAUCACGCUGCUUUUGUCAUCCAAGAUUUUUAAUGUCAGUGACACUAUAACAACUAAGUGCCAUCAAGAUUACUAAGUAAUACUGCUAUGAAAAUUACAAGGGAUUCAGGUGUACUUUUAUUUACAGUAUCAAAUUGCCUAUCAUAUUACCUUUUAUACAAAAAUCUGUUUUUGAGGCCAAAAUGUAACUUUUUGUUAAAUAAAGAUGAAGGUGUAAAAACAACACUGUUGCUUUUAAUGCAUACAGUAUGUUUAGCCUAGUUACUCAAAUGUAUUGUAUUGUAAUGUAUUGUAAUCCUAGUCUUUGUGUUUUAAGCUAUUGGCCACUCAAAUAGAACAACUGCAACUAAAAUGAACUUUCUUUUAAAUUUAUGGUAAAUUAUUGUUUAAUUUGUAAUGUUAUUUAAUCUAAAAUCACCUAUGAGA